AUGGUUUUCACUAAGCUUAUUAUUGCUGGAAGCACCGGCUAUGUUGCUGACCAUGCGAUCCGCGCCAUACUGGCCUCGACCAAGCCCAAGUUCGAUGUCACCAUCUUGACUCGAGCCAAUAGUGGAAAGGCACCAGCAUCCAUACCAGGGGCAAGAAUUGUCCCAGUCGAUUACAACGAUCAUAAUGGCCUUGUGAAAACUAUCACUGGAGCUGAUGCAAUCCUAUCUUUCAUCUCUGGCCCUGUAUCUAAAGCUGUCGAUCGGUCACUGCUUAAGGCGGCGCAGGAAGCUGGCGUUCGACGCAUUUUCCCAUCAGAGUAUACUUUGGACAUUCUGCAUCCUGCCGCAGUGAGUCUCCUGACUGAAGGCGGUAACUGGCCCGACGAUACUUCACCAGUUGUAACUGCUCGGAAAUUCGCCUCCCUGGCCGAUGAAGGGGGGCCGACGAGCUUUACGACACUUAUCCCGUCUGCCUUUAUGGAUUCAUGGUUGGAGGGAGAUUUUGGUUUGUUCGAUCCCAAAAAUCGCAAGGUCACGGUGUUUGAUAGCGGAGACCACUAUUUCGCGGGAUGCUCACUCCCAUUUCUCGGGGCUGCUAUUGUCGCUGUUCUUCAAAUGGACGAAGAGAAGACUAAGAACAAGCGCAUCCCCAUAACCGAAGUGCGUGCGACCAUGAACCAAAUUGUGGAUGCAUACGAAGAGCUCCUCGGCGCCAAGUUUCAGAAAGAUCAAGUCACAACUCAGGAUUUGCUGAACAAGAGAAAUGCAAAUCUGGCCGCCGGAAACUCGUUUGCUGCGCUGUUUGACAGCAUCAUCGUGGGUGCAUUUAAUGGAAGUGGAGCGGCCGACCCCGUGGGCGGCUUGGACUUCGACGGCGAUGGUUUUCUUAUAGCGAAGAGGAAGACCCUCAAGGAGCUGACUACGGAAGCUCUCAAGAAGAUCGGAGCUAUCUAAAGAAGCUAAUAACCAUGGUUUCC